GAUCCACCAAACAGCGAUGACCUCUCCUGCUAGCUAGCGGCGGCUAAUCAGGCUAGCGUGUCCAAAGUGUCUCCCACCAUGGACCAGACUAAGCAAGAGGAGGACUACGGAUACGACCUGUUCCCGGAGAGAAAGCCGAGGACCAAGAAACUGACCCUCGCCCAGAGCCUGUUCACGUUCAACCACAAGUGUCAGGUCAUGUUGAAUUUCGCAAUGGAAACCAGUCCUUAUGCCAAACUCCUCCUCAGUGCCAUGAAGAAUUCAGGAUGCCAAGCGUUUAAAGACCGACACUUCUCCUGUGAAGACUGCGACGGGACGGUCAGCGGCGGCUUCGAUGCAGCUUCUUCUCAGAUCGUUCUGUGUCAGAACAACGUCCACCAACAGGCUCACAUGAACCGAGUGGUCACGCACGAGCUCAUCCACGCCUUCGACCACUGCAGGGCCAAAGUGGACUGGUUCAACAACUACAGGCAUCUGGCUUGUUCUGAGAUUCGUGCUGCUAACCUCAGCGGAGACUGCUCCUUUACCAACGAACUCACCAGGUUCAACUUUGGCUUGAAGGAGCAUCACCAGGAGUGCGUCCGAGGCCGAGCCCUGCGCUCCAUCCUGGCCGUGAGGAAAAUCAGCCGCGAGGAGGCGGAGAAGAUUGUGGACGAGGUGUUCGACUCGUGCUUCAACGACCACGCGCCUUUCGGGCGAAUCCCGCACAGCAGGAAGGAGGCCAAGUUCGCCAACAGAGAUUACGCGAACAGAGAUCGAUAUUAUGCAAACCUUUAGCGUCGUCACGUCCUCGUUAAAACUCCCGAAGGUGCUCUGCGUUAAACGGCCUCAACGGAAUGACUGCGCGUUGAAUGAUCGCGCCCCUUCACAAGGGGUUCGUCCUUGAAGCGAUGGAAGGAAGGAAGGAAGGAAGGAAGGAGCGGUACAUUUCAUCUUCAACCUUCGUGGACAUUUAUUCUGUGCGACAGGAUUGUAAGAGCCGAUGAUCAUUUGCUCUCACCUCAGUGAUUUUCGUCGUUUGUUUUUAGGUGAUUUAAUGGGUGCUUCUGAAGGAAAACAUUUCCUUUCUGUCCAUCAGUGCUUGCUGUGAACGCGAGGUCUUCCCUCCACUCUGACCUCCGUUAAACUCCUGUACAUAGAGCUGGUUGUGCUGACAGAAUCAAACUGCAUUUGAUAAAUAAAAGUUUGAUUCCACC